GAUCCGCGAUCCGGGUCGGUUGUGUGUAGCUUUUCAGAUUCGCAACAUUUUACGCGCUCUCGUUCCGUGCUGCCGUGGCCGUACCACCGUUCCGUCGCAGCGUUGUGUGCCACUUGGGGUGUUCGGUUGGGCAGCCGUUGGGGGGACUGGGGUUGUGUGCAGUGGUGCAGUUGUGGCGCGGUUGUGUCUCGAUGUAUGUAUGAGUGUGCCCAGGUGGAUGGAUCGCUUGGCUCCCCGCACGAAAACGGAACAUGCGCGCGAUCGUUGCGCCUGGCGACUGAAAGUAGUUUCACUAUCGAUGUGAAAGCACUCGUCCUCUCUGACCUGCUCGUCGUUGCUCGCGGUGGAAUGAGUGAGUCCGUGGCUGAGGUUUUUGUCGAAUUUCUACCAUUGCUGGUUCGCGUAGUUUGUGCGCAUUGCUGUGUGUUUUCGCGUAGUUGCUGCGGGGUUGCGCUGCAAACGGGCUGCAAAGAUUGGCCAAAUGUUUUCUAAAAAUCACGUGUGCUAGCAGAGUGAUUGUAUUUGUUCUUUGCUGUGAUGUUUUUGUGUACCCAAGGCGGUUUGAAAUAUCGUUGGCAUUACCCAAAGAAUAUUAUGUUUGUAUGUGUGUGUGCGUAUGUGUGUAUGUGUGGUGAACUUCGUGGCAUUGUGUGUUGUGGUUGAAGCGAUGAGAAAGUUUGAUUAAACUUCCAUCCAGUGGUGCAAAGAGUGCAAAGAAGGCAUUUGCCGUGUUUAUGUAACUCCGACGGUGCGACAAAUCUGAAAUCGUUUCGAACGCUCUAACGCAGCAGCAACCGAACGAGCCGCCCUAAAGUACCGAAACGGAAGAAAUCUAUAAAAACAAGACAGACCUGUGGUGGUUCGCACUACUAACGCGAAAGCGGAAAUACGACAUUGAAGAGAAAGGGUUACGAAAUGCAAUUGAGAUUUGAUUUCACACUUGCCAAGCGCGCGAUCGCUUAGCCCCUGCAUCCUGGUCCGGUGGCGUUGUUGUGGCCAGUGAAAGGCACUACACCGCGGGCCCCGUCCCGUCGGCUCUCCAGAUGACAUCACUAAUGUGUGAAAACUAUCUCGGUGAAUUUGGUUCCGUUAGUGUUCCGCUGAUUGAAAGUGAUAGUACAACAGCAGCGUCAUAAGAUCAUGCUAUGUUGCUGGUGCUUUGAGAUGUGAUCAGAUGAAUAUGCUUUUUUUGUUAAAUCAAUCUGUGAAUCACCCGACAGAGUGUGUAUGUGUGUGAUUGUGUACAAUGCAAUAGAUUGUAAGUUAUUCAACGACGACAGUGCUCGAUGUGUGUGAUUUACAACAACGUUCGACUGGAUAUAUCGUAUAAUUGCAUACGGUAGCAACAGACACACACACACACACAAACACAAACACAUCCUUUACAACUCACCUGUGCUGCGGUCGGUCUUCGUUGUUGUUGGUAUGAAACUAUUCUCAUUUGCAUAAACCCUUUGCCUUCUCUCUCUCUCUCGCUCUCUUGCCCUCCGUUGGAAGCGGAGGGUGCAAGAGCAGCGGUGAAAGAAAUAAAUGUGUGUCCUGAAAGUAAAACACAUACACGCAAUGAUGGUUUUACCAGCGUCAUCGGGCGCACAGUAAUGUGAAAUCGUGUGAGAACUGAUCGCCGUUUCCCGUUAGCGAUCGAUGUCGACCGUGCGUUGUGCGCGAUCUGCUGUGUAUGUACGCAUGUGAAAUUCCAUUCAUUUAUUUAUUUAGUCAACCCGCUCUAGCAGCCGCUGCUCUACCCCAGUAGUGAUGCGGGGGAAACGACGCGUACUCUAGAGAGGAAGUGUGUUCACAAAACAAAAGUUGAAAAGAAACGAAACAUUUAACGGUUAAACGGUACUCCUUACCUUACGUACACGAGUGGAAAGUAAAGCCAGCUCCUCUUCGUGUCGUGCCGUGGACAGGAAUAUAAAUUGAGUUAAAAGCUUGCCCCAAAAGCACCCGAAAAACACACACACACAAACACAGAGAGUCAUGAACGAAUCUAGCAUGAUCACGGAGCGGAAGACAGAGGACGAUAAAAUGGAUGACAAUGAGAAUUACAUAGAGUGCUCGAAGAUGAACUUUACACAGUUCACCAAUCCAUUCGCCAAUGGGUCGAAUCAGUUUGCGACCGGAAAGUUCCCCCAGAACCUUAGCACGGCAGCAUCCAACGGGCAGGUUCUCGGCCUGGUGUCCGGAAGUGAGGGAGCGAUGCAGUUUCUCCGACCAGUGGAAGGAACGGCUGUCAGCGCGGCGUCCGCCAUGUUUCAUCAGCAACAGUCGCAGCACGGCCAGAUCGUGACGACGGCCGGUAUGCCGCACCCGGGGAUGGCGUCCCCGGCGUACAUCACACUCCCCAUCACGAUGCCGGGCGCAAAGCCGGGCGAUGCACAGCAAACCGUCCAGAUUCAGGUGCUGAACCCCAAUCCAGUACCGUCGCAGGUCAGUGGCUCGGCUGCGGGAGGCCAGGGCCAGACCGGAUCGACACCGUCCGGGGCGCUGCAGACACCCAAAUUUCAGAUGGGUCAAAUGCAAAUUCCCAUCCAGGGCUUUCAGCAGGGCACCACGGUGCUAACGGUGGCCUACAGCCCCCAGGACGAGGAGGUCCUUCACAACCAAGGGCCCGAGGGCAUGACAAUAGUGGCCGCACUGCAGCCGCAGGACUUGCAGCUGCUCGCUUCACAAAACCCGGGUACCACGACGAUCCUGCAACAGCACCAACAGCAGCAACAGCAGUCGAAUCUAUCCUCAAACAAUGCAUCCUCCCCGGGUGGCAUAAAGAUAGACAGCGAGAACCCGCCACCCUUGCGACAGAUCAAGCAGGAAUCUCCAACCAUCUGGAACCAGCCGACGCUUGUUCCAACAUCGAUGCAUUCGGCCAGCAACAUUUUGGAGAUGGUGCAGCAGCAGCAACAGCAGCAGCAACAGCUCCAUCAAUUGCAACAACAUCAGCAGCAGCAGCACCAGCAGCAGCAGCAGCAACAGCAGCAGCAACAGCAACAGCAGUCGUCUAGGCCAACACAAAAUCUCAACCUUCAGCCAUACUUAAAGUUUAACGGCGGCAACAACGGCACCAACCCGGCAAUGACAACGCUCAUGAACGGCAACCACGUGCUGCAGCAGCUGGUGCUACCGCCCGGCGUGACGAUAGGUCCGGGGAUCAUUAAACAGGAAGUGCCGGACGAGCAUUCGAACGAGAACACUCAGUUCGGACCGGCGGACAGCUCGGGGCAGCUGGAAAACGGUUCACCGAACGCUCGCACCGCCAAUGGGCGGGAGGCUGAGGGCGAGCCGGGCGAGAAUGGGGACGGUACGGGCAAUGGGACCACUCCCAGCGGGAAGGCGCGAAAGAAACGCAAGUACAAAACGAAACCACCGAAACCGAAGCGCCAGAAACCGGGCCAGGUGCACAUCGCGACCGCAAUCGAUGGGACGGUGCUGUUCUGCUGCCCGGAGUGCCACAUGGCCUACCCGGAGAAGGAAUGUCUCGAGCAGCAUCUGGUGGUGCACAAGAUCGAGCGGCGGUUCAUAUGUGAUAUCUGCGGCGCCGGGCUGAAGCGCAAGGAGCACCUGGAGCGGCACAAGCUGGGCCACAAUCCCGAGCGCCCGUUCAUAUGCAACGUGUGCGAGAAGGGCUUCAAGCGGAAGGAGCAUCUCAAUCUGCACUUUGUCAUACACAGUGGCGUCAAGACGGAGAUUUGCGACGACUGUGGGAAAGGUUUCUACCGGAAGGAUCACCUGCGGAAGCAUAUAAAGUCGCACCUGAGCAAGCGGCUGAAGGAGAUAAGGGACACCAAUCGCAAUAACAACAACAAUAGCAACAGUAACAACAGAAACACCACCAACGGUGCUACCACCACGACAACGACGACCACGACACCGGCCAUUGCCAAUGGCCCACCGAGCACAUCGAUAGCGACGCUAUCCACGGGCAUCCCGCCCGGAUUGACAAUAACGACGUCCAGCGGGAACAACAUGCAGAGCGCGACCGGAGAGGGUCUCGGGGAAUCGAACUCUACGGCCCAGAAUCUACUACACAGUGCAAUAAGUCUUCCACAGGGUGUGACGAUACACGUACCAACUGCCGAUAAUCAAACGCUCCCGGUGCAGAUCUCCUUACCUCAUCUGGUGGCACAGCAGCAGACCGAUACGGACGGUAGCACAAGAACGGUGCUGGUGUCCAACUCGCCGGAGAACCUGAACCAUCAUCACAGUGCUACCACCACCACCACCACCACCACCGCGGGCACGGGUUCGCCCCCGACCGCACCUACAUCGAGUGCAUUAUAAUGGUGCCUGGCCUGGAGCCAAGGGAGGAGGAAACUCUGCCAACCAUCAUCCAUCAUCAUCAUCGUUUGCCUUUCGAUGCUGUACAAAGCAGAUCUGUGGUGUGGUCUCGGAAAUACUCAACUAUAACCGCACACGGUCCACAGUGUCUCGUGCGUCGCCCAUAGUUUUAACAGCUUCCCGACGAGCUCGUAUACAUCUAGUAGUGGCAUUUGUUUGUUUGUUGCUUCUUUCGAUUCAUCGUUACUUGAUAACAGCUCGUAUCGUGUGCAAAGCUGCACGCGCGUUGUCCGUUAAACGAUAUCGAGCUUUUGCUAUUUUAUGUUUAAACGUAUUUUUUAAAGUAUUU